UACGAAUCAGUCAAAGUAACAUAGGCAUAUGGUGGCCAUGUUUAUUACAACUUUGGUCGUUGCUUCUAUUUUUACUUGUUCCCGGGUAUCUUCAGUAUCUUAUUGUCAACUACCUCAAGUGAGCGAGGAAAUUAACAUGGGAAAUGUGCAAGGUGAUUGGUAUCUUUCAGUACACCAAAAUCAAGAGAUGUAUAACGUUAUACGUUGUGAAGUGUCAACGAAUACAAAAACUGAACAAGGUUUCACAGUCUACGUUAAGAUUUACAACGUUGAAGAUCCAAAUAAUAUUAGAGAAGUUGAGCGUGUAUUUCAUCGUGUUGCCCCCUCAACUUUCCACGUCGUACAUAACAAAGGCGUCAGUGAUGAAAUUGCUGAAAUUAAUAAAGAAGAUACGAAUGAGGGAGCCGAUAGAAAUAUCGUGCUUGAAGACGAUUCAGUCAUACAAAAUCCCUUUCUUUACCUAUCAGAUUAUAAGACAUAUAAUCUGAUCCUUCGUUGUAACCUGAACGGCGAUAAAGAAAUUUUUGUUCAAACCAAAACCCCAUCAGCAAAUGGUGAAGUGAUUCUUAAAGUACGUAACAAGUUGAUCGAAUUCGGAAACGGUUGGGAAGGCGUUAAAGCUUAUCCUAGUCAAUGCAAUCGAGUUAUUGGUAAAUAAAAGAAAAAUAACUAUAGAGAAAUUUGAAAUAUUUGGAACCUAAUAAAAAUGUUAUGCAGAAUAAUAGGAGUAUUAAGAAAGAUUUGUUGUCUUUGUAAAUAGUGACAAUUUCCCUGCCGUUUUAUUGUUAGUUUUUUGUUACACAUAUUCGGAAAAUAUAAUAGAAGUUAACGCUG